UAUUAGGAGCGUAGUGAAGUGAAUUGCGUUACUACAAAUUACACGAGAAAAAUAAAUAUAUUGUGAAGAAAAAUUUAAUUUAACUCCAAAUAUGUACAUAAUUUUAGAAUAAAUAAAUUCCAAAGUCUAAAAUUAGUAAUUUGUAAUCAAAUCGAAGAAAAUUCUCAAUUCAUAAAUUUUUCACCAAAAUUUGAAUCUAAAAAGUAGACCACUUCACAAAAUACUUACUUACUUUCUCUGAAAAAUCGUUAAAAAUCGAAAAGUGAAAACCGUAAAGAGAAAAAAGGAAACUUUAUUGUUCUUGUUGUUCGUGGUGUACGCGCAUAAUGUAGGGCUUUAAGCGAAUAAAUGUAUAUUGUAUAUAUAAAUAUUUCAAAGUAUGUGAAUGUAUAAAAAUGCAAGUGUGUGCAACGGACGGGGAACCUAUCUUGAUGAAUUAAAUAAGAAUUAAUUAUACAAUGUAAAUCGCUUUUUUUCGCACAACACAAAAGACAAAAAGAAAAAAGAAUAAGGGGUUGUUGCUUACACAACAACACGACACACGACACACAACACACGACCCCCGACAUACAUCCCCUUUUUUAACAACAAAAAAGAAGCACGAAAAGAAGAGACAGUGUGACCCAGUCACCCAGUCACCCAGUGAACUAGGGAUAUUGUAAGUUGGCACUUUGGCAGUUGGAUUGAAAAUGAACAACGUCCCACUGUUCAGAUGACCAUAAUAAAUCCGAUAUACCAGCAUAGCCGUUUUCACUUGAGUUUUAGAGUUUCGAGAACCAGUAGCACCAAUAGUAAUAGCAAUAGCAGUGUCGAGUUGAAAUUGAGGGUUGCAAAUCGGUGACCAGUUGCUGGUUAAAGGAGCAUGCUUGUAAUUAUUACACAAGGUGUUUGCUGUAGCAAGUCUUGAAAGACAAACUCGACUUAAAAGUCAAUUUGCAAAAAAAAAGAAGAAAUGACAAGAUGCUUAUCGAAACGCAUAAAAGAUAAAUUUACUUUAAUUUCUUACUCGAAUUGAAAAUAUUUCAAACAAAUCUAAAUCAAACAAAAUCUGAAGUAAUGAUUUGGAAAUGGAUGGAAAUAAUGAUGUUAACAAGUAAAGUACAUUUAAUGUAAGCAAAAGAAAAAGAACAGUACGAAACUCAACAGUGGACAUUUAAAAUGCCGGGAGGAAGGAGAGGACUAGUUGCACCUCAAAAUACAUUUCUAGAAAAUAUUAUCAGGCGUUCAAAUUCCCAGCCGGACAGUUCCUUUCUGUUGGCCAAUGCUCAAAUUGUCGACUUUCCAAUUGUAUAUUGCAAUGAAUCCUUUUGCAAAAUCAGCGGUUAUAACCGUGCUGAAGUCAUGCAGAAAUCGUGCAGAUGUGGCUUCAUGUAUGGUGAGUUGACAGACAAGGAAACGGUAGCACGCCUCGAAUACACAUUGGAAAAUCAGCAACAAGAUCAAUUUGAAAUUUUACUGUAUAAAAAAAAUAAUUUACAAUGCGGCUGUGCUCUAUCCAAAUACGGACAAGUUGCACCAGGUAUCAAAAAAAAAACACCAUUAUGGUUGCUCUUACAAGUGGCACCCAUUCGGAACGAAAGGGAUUUGGUUGUGCUCUUUUUAUUGACUUUUCGGGAUAUCACAGCACUGAAACAACCAAUCGACAGCGAAGAUACAAAAGGAGAACUUUUUGAUAUUUACUCUAAAGUUUUAGGUCUUUCCAAAUUUGCCAAGCUGGCGAGGUCAGUUACACGUAGUCGUCAAUUUAGUGCCCAUUUGCCAACAAUGAAGGAUCCGACUAAACAAUCAAAUUUGGCUCAUAUGAUGUCGUUAAGCGCUGAUAUUAUGCCACAAUACAGACAAGAAGCUCCUAAAACACCACCGCACAUUUUGUUACAUUAUUGUGCAUUUAAAGCAAUUUGGGAUUGGGUGAUAUUAUGUUUAACAUUUUAUACUGCUAUUAUGGUACCAUACAACGUAGCUUUUAAGAAUAAAACCUCAGAAGACGUUUCAUUGUUAGUAGUGGAUUCAAUUGUAGAUGUAAUAUUCUUUAUAGACAUUGUUUUAAAUUUUCACACAACGUUCGUUGGUCCCGGUGGUGAAGUGGUCAGUGAUCCGAAAGUCAUACGCAUGAAUUACCUUAAGUCCUGGUUUAUUAUCGAUUUACUAAGUUGCCUGCCUUAUGAUGUUUUUAACGCCUUCGAUCGUGAUGAGGAUGGCAUUGGUUCAUUGUUUAGUGCUCUUAAAGUUGUGCGACUUUUACGUUUGGGGCGUGUUGUUAGAAAAUUGGAUCGCUACCUCGAGUAUGGUGCUGCUAUGCUUAUUUUGCUCUUGUGUUUUUACAUGUUGGUUGCACAUUGGCUUGCUUGCAUUUGGUAUUCGAUUGGAAGGAGUGAUGCUGAUAAUGGAAUUCAAUAUAGUUGGUUAUGGAAAUUGGCAAACGUCACACAAAGUCCAUAUUCAUAUGUGUGGGCAAGCAACGAAACAGGUCCCGAAUUGAUUAAUGGUCCGUCUAGAAAGAGUAUGUAUGUUACUGCAUUGUAUUUCACAAUGACCUGUAUGACAUCGGUUGGCUUUGGAAAUGUCGCCGCUGAGACGGACAACGAGAAGGUGUUCACCAUCUGCAUGAUGAUAAUUGCAGCUCUAUUAUACGCGACUAUUUUCGGUCAUGUUACGACCAUCAUUCAGCAAAUGACAUCUGCCACAGCUAAAUACCACGAUAUGCUGAACAAUGUCCGAGAGUUUAUGAAGUUGCACGAAGUCCCCAAGGCUCUCAGUGAACGAGUCAUGGACUAUGUUGUUUCGACAUGGGCAAUGACCAAAGGGCUCGAUACCGAAAAGCAGGUAUUAAACUACUGUCCAAAAGACAUGAAGGCAGAUAUUUGUGUUCAUCUUAAUAGAAAAGUUUUCAAUGAACACCCAGCAUUUCGACUUGCUUCGGAUGGAUGUUUACGGGCGUUAGCCAUGCAUUUCAUGAUGUCACAUUCCGCACCAGGUGAUUUGCUCUAUCAUACUGGUGAGAGCAUAGAUAGUCUGUGUUUUAUCGUAACUGGAAGCUUGGAGGUAAUACAGGAUGACGAAGUGGUUGCUAUUUUAGGAAAAGGUGACGUCUUCGGUGAUCAGUUCUGGAAGGAUUCAGCUGUUGGACAGAGUGCAGCUAAUGUACGAGCGUUAACUUAUUGCGACUUACAUGCCAUAAAACGAGACAAAUUACUUGAGGUGCUAGAUUUUUAUUCAGCGUUUGCGAAUAGCUUUGCCAGGAAUCUCGUUUUAACAUAUAACUUAAGGCAUCGAUUGAUAUUUCGAAAAGUGGCCGAUGUCAAACGAGAGAAGGAAUUGGCUGAAAAGCGCAAAAAUGAACCACAGUUACCUCAAAAUCAAGAUCAUUUAGUGAGAAAAAUAUUUUCGAAAUUCCGAAGAACUCCACAAGUUCAGGCUGGAGUUAAAGAAAUCGUAUCAGGACCAAGUGAUGUUGAAAAAGGUGAUGGAGAUGUGGAAAGAACAAAGAAGUUGCCAGCUAAGCUCACGCUAACCGAGGACUCACGCAUUAUAUCAACAUCAGGAGUUCCUUCGCAAUCACCAUCCCCAUCAUCAGGUCCACCAUCAGCCCGUAGUACACGCGCUAGUAAAUGGGGUCGUCUACUUGGUAGUUCGAGUGUUGAUUCGGCAAGUGAUACAAGCACAAAAGUAGCUGUCUCAAGAAGUCUGAGUGCCCGUGAGAGCUUGCGUGAGAGUACCGCCCAAGGAAGGCAGAGUAGCACAUCGAGUAGUAAUGGCGGCCAAGGCAACAAAGUGUUUCCAAAGGCGCCUAAGCUCCAGGCCAGUCAAGCCACCUUAGCCCGCCAAGAUACAAUCGAUGAAGGUGGCGAGGUGGACUCCUCAUCACCACCGAGUCGCGAUAGUCGCUUGGAUGCAGCUAAAGAACGAAACCUAGCUUUAGAGCGUGAACGUCAGAUCGAAAUGGCUUCAUCACGCGCCACCACCUCAGACACGUACGACACUGGCCUCCGCGAACAGCCCCCUACACUCGCUCAACGUGAUCUAAUCGCCACCGUUUUGGAUCUCAAAGUUGAUGUUCGGCUGGAAAUGCAGCGAAUGUCUCAACGCAUCGGGCGAAUCGAAGAUAUGCUCGGCGAAAUCAUCAAACGGUUAUCAGCUCACGAUUCUUCGGGCCAAACUACGCCCGGAGAUGGAGUUCUAUGUGCUAUUGAAGGUUUUCCAACUUCCACUUUAACUGUUUCUGGCAUUCCGUCAAGCACAGCAACCAUCGAUACUGUGAUAACCAUUUCCGCAGCGACUGGGGCGACAGUGAGUGCAGUUGGGGGUGGUGGCAGCAGUGGUGGGGUAUUGCCUCCGACGUCUACAGCUGCUAUUGCUGCAAGUUCUAGCGCAAUAAAUAUUACCACUCCAACAUCAACUGGUCAGCUAAGUUUAUUAAAUGCAGGCGUAUCUAGCCCUGGUGGCAAUGGUCUGGGGCCAAUGAUGCUCAAGAAGCGACGAUCGAAAAGCAGAAAAGCACCAGCGCCUCCAAAGCAAUCGCAAACAAUCCCUGAACAAGUCAGACUCCUUGACGCAGAGCUAAUCGGCCUUAGCGAAAAGAAGACAUCCACUUCCACACCAUCAUCCGCCACAACACCAACAACCACCGGCCAACCAUCCCAGCCAUCACAAUCACAUUCCGGAUCAGCAACUGCACCAAGUGGUUCGUCCUCGAGCAGUGGCGGUGGUGGUGGUCGAUCUAAGCGAGAAUUUCUCUAGCCAAAAAUUUUAGUCCGCCAUCAGUCGGAUAACAGUAACACCGAGCAAUAGAUUAACUUAACUAUCGGCUCUAAAUCUGAUGGCUCACGCAUUCAAGUUAUUCCUUUAUUCAUCUGUAAAUACACAGCACGCAUGGAAAAGAGUUUUAACAAACAAAUUUGUGAUAUUUGUUAUCAAUUUAGCAAAAUGAAAAACAAAAUUUAGAAGAAAAGGUAAGAAGUUGUACAGUUCAGUUUCACACACUAUCGAAUUAAUGAAUAAAAAUUAAUUUUAGUAAAUACGCUUAUAUUAGAAAAACAAAACAAAAAUAAAAUAUUGGCUUGCAAGAAUAUAGAAUUAAGAAAAAAAACAUACGUGUGCUGAGAAAUAAUAUCACAUGGGAAAUUUUCGACAAUUGAUGAGCUCCAAAAACAUGAAAGUGGAAUAGUUUCUUUGUUAAAAACUCCAAUAUAGACUGACUAAUAAAAUAACUCCACACACAACAGUUUGUCCCAGAAAAAUAUCUAUUAUUUAAAUUUCUUUUGUUUGCAAGAAAAUGCACCAAAAAAUUUCAACAACAACUUCCAUGUGAUAUUAUUUCCUCGCAAAUUUAUAUUCUAAACAUUUUUAUUUGCCUGUCACGUGAAAGAAAACAAAAAUUAAAACAAAAAUUGUAUGAAGAAUCGUAUUAUAUGCAAAAACGAAUUGAUACUCAUUUAAAUUAGUUUAAUUUGAUCAUUAGGUAAACAAAAUUAACAUUUUUAUAAUUUUCUUUUUCUCGCAAUGUCGCAAGUAGGUAGGUUUAAGUACUCUAGUAUUUGGGAAAUGGUGAAACAGAAAACUAAUACAAAAUAAUUUUUAAUUACGAUUUGCACACUGCCAGAAAGAUAUGGAUCUUAUACGAAGGAAAAUUGUUAAAGAUAUUAAAAAAAAAACAAA